AGAGAGGAGAGAGAGAGAGAGAGGAGAGACAGAGUUUUCAAUGGAGGGACCGAGCAAUGGAGGAAUGUUGUACCACGAGGUGCAAGAGUCGAAGCUGUGCGCAGUGCAUUGCGUGAACACGGUGCUUCAGGGACCCUUUUUCUCCGAGUUCGAUUUGGCGGCUCUUGCCUCCGAUCUCGAUCGAAAGGAGCGUCAGAUGAUGCUCGAAGGCAGUGGUUCAGUCUCCGCCUACGUUUACCUUCCCGAGGAGUCCCACAACGUGUCCAUGGACGGCGAUUUCAGUAUUCAGGUUUUACAAAAAGCGUUGGAGGUGUGGGAUCUUCAAGUCAUUCCCCUCAAUUGCCCAGUUGCUGAGCCUGCUCAGAUUGAUCCAGAACUGGCAAAUGCAUUUAUCUGUCAUUUGCAGGACCAUUGGUUCUGUAUAAGGAAAGUGAAUGGAGAGUGGUAUAAUUUUGACAGUCUUUAUGCGGCCCCUGAGCACCUUUCUAAGUUUUACCUCUCCGCCUAUUUGGACACACUGAAAGGUUUUGGGUGGAGCAUUUUCCUGGUGAGAGGCAACUUCCCGAAGGAGUGUCCUAUCACAUCCUCCGAAGCUUCCAACGGUUACGGGCAGUGGCUGUCACCCGAAGAUGCUGAGAGGAUAACUAAGUCGUGUCACUCGACACAGAAACAACCAAACAGAACCAAUCAAACUCAACAGCUUUCUGAUCCAUAUCGUCAAUACAGUGGAACAGAUAUGCUGUUGGAUCCGGAAGAUGAGGAUUUGAAAGCUGCAAUAGCUGCCAGCUUGAUGGAUUCCUCGCCUGCAACAGUUGAUGCCAAACCUAGCCCUUCAGAAAAGGAAAAUACAGUCAGUGGUGAACCUGUCACUUCAGAUAAGGAAAAUGCAGUCAAUUCCGAACCUGGCACUUCAGAAAAGGAAAAUACAAUCAAUGCUGAAGCUGGAACUUCAGAAAAUGAAAAUAAAAACAGCAGUGGAGAAAGUGCUUGA